GUCAUGACCUACUCACUCAAAGAUAUUUCCAGUACAUAAUUUUUUAUUGUUCGAAAAAAGCAAGAAACUGAUUCGACGAUUACUUGUAGUGCAAUAUGAACAUUUCAAAGAGCAGAUUUUUACAAGCGAUCAUUUUUUGGUUAACCCACUGUUGCCAAUUCGCCUAUCCAACGAGUGGUAAUGUACCCUACUUAGAUACGAAAAACGAACACGGUGAAACUCCGCUACACAUUUCUUCCCAAAACGGAAAUGAACGCAUAACCCAACUACUGUUAUCACUUGGAGCCAAUAUAUCCGCAACAAACGCCGAUGGAAAUACGCCGCUGCACCUGGCAGUGCUUUACGAUAGCGUUAACACCACAAAACUGCUGUUAGAACAUGGUGCUGAUGUAAGCAUUAAAAACGACGACGGAAACGAUCCAUUUCUGAUAGCUGCAACCCCGGAACUCCAAAACAUGGAAGUAAUGAGGUUCUUGAUCGACAGUGGCGCCUCCAUCGAUACGAUAAACAAGGACGGGGACACCGCGUUGCACAUAGCAAUUUCUUGCAACAACGCGCCCAUGACGAAACUAUUGCUGGACCACAGCGCCGAUCUAAGCGUAGCAAACAGCAAUGGAGACACUGCAAUGCACUUAUUGGCCAAGAACGGUUACGGCAACAUCUUCGAGCUCAUUUUGAACAAAAGCUUUGAUCUUAACGUGCAAGAUAAGAACGGCAAUACUCCGCUCCAUAUCGCAUGUUGGUUUGAUAAUGUCAACGUAACCAUUUUUCUAAUUGAAAAUUACGCGUCGGUCGAUUCCAAGAACCUAGACGGCAACACACCACUAUUUUUGGCGAUUUGGAGCGGGAACGCGGAGGCGGUGGAGCACCUUCUAAAUUACGGCGCGUACGUCAACUUCGUUAACAGUAACGGAAACACGCCACUUCACGAGGCCAUACUUCGCAAAAAAAGUCAUUUGGUAAAACUGUUGCUCGACCAUGGCGCCGAUUCGAAGGCGGUCAACGGGCAGGGUAACCUACCUUUACAUUUGGCCCUGUUCAAUGAUGAUACGGACACGGCGGAGAAACUUAUAACGUUUACUAAUUCAAAUCAAGAUGUGGAUGUUCAUGUAACAACAACACAUACUACGGUAUAUGGGGAGUAUGAAGACCCUUAACGCUGUAGUAAUAAUAUGCGUUGAAAAGCUUUGUAGUGUAUAAUGUAGAUGGUAUGGCGACUGUAAUCUCAAUCUUUGCCGUAUUAAAAGGAAUACGUUAUUUUUUA